AUGUGUAGGAUAUUUUUACAGUUAUUAAAGUGGCCCAAAACAAUAAGCGAGUUGCUUCAAAAGACCCCAAAGAUGCCUAAACAAGUGAAAUGGACUGAAGUUGGACCUGGAAAAGGGUAUGCUAUUUUGUCACCUGCUUAUGUUGCAUGCAGUUCGAAGGACAUUGUCUUCACGUCAGGCUGUGUCGGCACAGAUCCCAAAACAGGGGAGCUUCCAGAAAACUUGGAAAGUCAAAUCACAAAUGCUUUAGAAAAUUUGAAGAAUGUCCUCUCUGCAAGCGGCUCUUCAAUGGAUAAUGUUUUGAAAGUCUUGCUCUUCGUAGGGGACGGGAGUUACAGCAAAGUAGUGAAUGAAGUCUACCAAGAGUACUUUCCCAGCGCGCCAGCUCGAAGCUGUAUUGUUGUUAGCUUUCCGGAUCCUGCGCUGAAGGUUGAGCUAGAAUGUAUCGCUCAAACCUUAUAG